AUGAAUAGACAAUAAUUAUUAAAAAAGUAUCAAGAUAUUUUAUUUGAUUACUUGGAGAAAGUUAAGAAGAAUAUUCCAAAAUAGUAUCCUUCUUUCAAAGACUUUUUGAAUAAAAUGAUUGGUAUUUAUUGAAUUUAGAAUUUAAGAUCUUGUAAAAUUUGAAGGUUUACCGAAAUUAGGAAAACAUUUGGUGGUUUUUAGAUUGACAAUUAAUAUGAGACAAUCUAAAUUAACUUAAUUAGCUUUAUCUACAUUAUUUGUAAUAAAUGAAUUUUGAAGUAAUUAGAAAUUAGUUUCAAAUUGUUUUAUUGAUGGGAGGAUAGAAGACACUUCAUAAGAAUUCUAUACAGAUGAAUUUUCAGAAUUGUUUAAUGAUUCAACCUAUAAUAAAGGAGAAAAAAAAGUAUAGCAUAAAAUUAUUAAAUAUUUUAGACAAUCAUGGAUGUAUUAAUUAAUUCUGUAACAUCAUGUCUUUUUGAUAAAGAUGAAAAUAUAAUUCAAGGUCUAAAAUUAUUAGUUGCAUUUAUUCUAAAUCCAUAUUGUUAUGUAACAUCAUAAAAUCUCACAAGAAUUAUUAAAACUAUAAUCUUCUCUUAUACUCGUAUUCUAUAUUUUAAGCAUAGGUUCUAGAACAUAGACAGUAGAUAGAUAUGCUAAGAAUAUGCUUUAUUAGAUUAUUAAUUAUACAUUUCAAGCAGUUGAAGGGGAAGUAAAAUAGUUUUUAUUAUUAUAAUUAGGUUUUUACUAUUUAAAGAAAUAAACGCAAAAUGUCAAUCAAAGAAGAUUCAGUAUCAAAAUUAACUUAAUUGAUUAUGCUCUAAUUGGUAGAUCUAGUAUGUUUAAAUUAAACUCAACUAAAAUUUUCUAAUUAAUCCAACAUUUUAAAUGAAUAAGAUCAACCAUCAGGUUAUUUUGGUUAUUGUAUAAUGUGUAGAAAAUCAGCUAAUCUUUAUUGUAAAGAUCAUAGAGUACCAAUCUGUUCUUUCAUAUGUAAAAAACAACAUUAGGAAUACGUAGAACAAGCUUAAAGUACUUACAUUGGAGCAGUUAAAUAGUUUGAAGAAAAUCUUGAUUGUGCAUUAUAAUUGUAUGAUAGUUUAUGCAAUUUACUACUUAAUAGAACUACCUUAUAAUUAGCAAAAAAUCAAUAAAUUAUUCUUGAAUGUAUAUUGUAUAUUCUUGAAACACCUGAUUUUGUACUUAGUAAAAAUUAAAAAUUUAUAAAAACAACAAAAGAGAGAUUAUGCAAUUAAUUAUUAAAAUAUUGUUUAGAAACAGAAAAAACUUUGUAUUAAUUUAGUUUUAGAAUAUUUCAAAGAAUAGUGAGUAUUAUGAGAAAAAACAUCAAACAUGAAAUUGCCAUCUUUAUUAAUUAAAUUUAUUUAAAUAUUCUUUUAAGUGUUAAUUCAAAUAUAUUACAUAAGUAAAUAGCUCUAGAAAGUUUAUGUAGUAUAUUGGAAAGACCAAAAACUGGAUUAGAGUUUUAUAUAAAUUAUGACUGUCAUACAAAACAUGAAUGUUUGAUGUAGAAAAUUAUUAAUACUUUCUAUGAAAUUAUUGUACUCUCUAUUUAUUAAAAAGCAGAGUAUUAAAUAUAAAGCUAAUAAGAAAUUCUUUUAAAAAAUUUGGCAAUAAAGGCUUUAUUUUUUGUUAUUGAAGGUUUAAAUAUAGUAUUUGAUAAAUUCAUUAUAACACCUUCUGAAGAAAUGGGAUUACCCUAAAUAGAAGAUUAGAAUGCAAAUGUAAGUGAAAACAUUACAGUAAUGUAUACAAAUCCAAUUGAAAUAUAAAGAUAAUUAAAAUAGGAAAUAAUGAAGGGAUGUUAAAUAUUUUAGAAGAAUCCAGAUAAAGGAAUAAAGUAUCUUUUAGAUGCUUAAGUGAUUUAGAAUGAGUAAUUUUAUUUGAUUAAUUUAGUGCAAAAGAAAUAGCUAAAUUUUUUAGAGAAAAUCAGCAAUAAAUUGGUAAAGAUGCAAUUGGAGCAUUUUUAGGAGGACAUUAAUAAUUAAAUAUCAAAGUUUUAAGUGAAUUUACAGAUAUGUUGAAAUUCAAAGACUUAACUGUUGAAUAAGCUUUAAGAUAUUAUUUAGAUUAAUUUACUUUACCAGGAGAAGCAAUGUAGGUUGAUAGAGUAGUUUAAAAAUUCUCAGAUAGAUAUUACAAAGAAAAUCCAAAUUCAAUUUUUAAAUCUAGUGGUAGUAUUUAUACUUAUUGUUAUCUGUUGGUUAUGUUAUAAACAGAUUUACAUAAUCCGUCAGUUGCAGAAAAAAUGAGAUUGAGUGACUUUUAAAAAUUGGCUCGAUCAAUAAAUGAUGGUGACGAUUUACCAUCUGAUUAUUUAACAUAAACUUAUAAUUCUAUUCUUAAAUAACCAUUAGCAGUAAGAGAAAAAGAAAAGAAUCGUGUUUUUAUGAAGGUUUCAUUAACUUAAAGUAUAAGGAAAAAAUAAGAUUUAUUUUAGAGAGAAAAGGAAGCACUUCUUAAAUAAGGAAGUGAAUUAAUUAAGACUAAAUAAGAUUUCCAUGAAACUAUUUAUUAAAUAAUUAAUUAAGAUAUGGCUUAUUUAAUUAAACCAUUUUUGGAGUGUAUAGGUAAACCUUUAUUUGAAAUGUUUUUGUUUAUGUUUAAUAAUGACCAUAUGGAUCAGAUUUCAAAUUAAUGUAUUUAAGGAUUAGUAUUAUUUAUUAAGUUAUGUUCAUUUUUUUCAAUUCCAUUACAAGAUUAUAUGAAUACAUUAAUAAAAGCUACAAAACUUAAUCAUUUAGGAUCAAUAUAAAAUAAACAUAUCAAUUUGAUUAAAUAAAUUUUGUAAACUGUACCUUUGAUAGGAAAUGGAUUAAGAGAAAAUGGAUGGAAAAGUAUUUUAUAAAUGAUUAGUCGACUUGAUGAAAUAAGAAUGAUACAAUAAUCUAAAGAUAAUUUUGAUGGUUACAAUAUAACCAUCUUAAAUGAAUCAUUAUUAGAAUUUGAUAUAAUCGAUAAGAUAUUUAUUUAAUCAAAACUAUUAGAUGAUGAAGCAAUUUAAGAAUUCAUUAAUGCAUUAUGUUUUAUGUCAAAAUAAGAAAUAUAUCAAUCUCAUCCUCGUUUAUUUUGUCUGUAAAAAUUAGUAGAGGUUUGUGAUUAUAAUAUGAAAAGAGUUAGUUUUGUAUGGACUAAAAUGUGGAAUAUUGUAAAAGAUCAUAUUAAUGAAGUUGCAGUAAAAGAAAAGAAAGUUGCUAUAUUUACAGUAGAUUCACUUAAAUAAUUAAGUAUUAAAUUUCUAUAGAAGGAUGAGUUAUAUGAUUUCUAAUUCUAAAGAGAUGUAUUAAAACCUUUCGAAUUUAUAUUUUUGUAGUCUAAUUUAGAAGUGAAAGAAUUCAUUCUUUCUUGUAUUAAUCAUAUAGUUUUGAAUCAUAAACACAAUAUUAGAUCAGGUUGGAGAAUGAUCUUUGGUUUAAUCACUUUAGGUUUGAAAGAAGAUAAUGAUAAGAUUUGUAAAAUAGCAUUUUAGAUUCUAUCCUAAAUCAUGGAACAUAAUCUUCAUCUAUUGUAAGAUGUUUUUAUUGAUCUCAUCCAAACUUUGAAAGUUCUAGCAGGCAAUAAUCAAGAAGAUAUGGCAUUGGCAUCUAUUGAUUUUAUUAUAUAAUGUUUAGGAUAUCUAUCAAAAUAAGCUUAAAUUAUACCUAAACUUAAUUGGAAUGAAUUUGAAGAACUAGAACCUACUAUUAGAAAUGCAUCAACAGCAGUAUAACUUGAAAAGAUCUGGAUUCCCUUACUUGGAGUAUUAUCUGGAUUAGCAGGAGAUAAAAGAAAUAAAAUAUAAGCUAAGUCUAUGGAAACUUUAUUUGAAUCCUUAUAAUAAUUUGGGUAUGCCUUUAGUGCUGAAUUCUGGAAAAUGGUAUUUAGUACUGUCCUUAGACCUAUCUUUGAUGAAAUCUAAUUUACAUUUCAAUAAAAUCAUUCUGUUGCCAAUACUAAUAAUAAUUGGUUUAAAGAUUCAUGUAAAAAAGGGUUUUCUUUAAUUAUUAAUUUAAUGAAAAGAUAUUUUCAAAAAUUAAGAGCAUUAUUGCCUGAAUUUUUAAAAUUAUUCGAAAAUUGUAUACAAAAUUAAAAUGCCAAAUUGGCCAAAUAUAGUAUUCAUUCAGUUAAAAAUAUGACAAUGAAAAUUGGGAUGAUGUUUAAUGAAGAAGAAUGGGAAUAAAUUGUUUAAUUUAUUGAUAGAAUAAUUCGAUUAACAACACCAACCAAAUUAUCAAGUUUUGCUAAUUAAUCUUUAACUUCAAGUAGAAUGAAAAAUAUGAUUGAAGAUUGCUUCACUUAAUGUGCUGCUUAAUUAUUGAUGAUUUAAAUAAGCAUAGAGAUUUUACAUUAUUUCAAUUAAAAAUUAAAUUUGCAAUAAUUAUUAAUUAUUGAAAAUACCUUUCUUUAUUCAUAUUAAUUUGCUGUUUAAUUUAAUUCAUAAAUAGAAUAAAGAUAUCUUUUAUGGAAAUAAGUAGUCUUAUAAGACAUGAAAUUUUUACCUAGCUUACUUAAAUAAGAAAGAGAAGCUUAUGGCUGUAUGAUCAUUAUUAAAAAAUAUAAAUUGAAGAAUCAUCAUAUUUUAGAUUUUGAUUCAUUAAUUACACCAAUCGAAAUUUUUAUUAAAAAAAAUGAAAUUCUUAAAGCAAACCCAUAAUUCAAUGAUGAAUAAGAUUAAAAUAUCCAAAAAUUAAAACUUUAAGAAAUCGAGAGAGAAAUUUCAAAUUAUAGACAACUAUUAGAUGUUUACAUAUUGCCAACACUUAGUGAAUUAGAUGAUAUACAUGUAAAUUAAAUAUCUAUUUAUUUUAGCUAAAAUAAUACAAUAAUCUGUUAUUUUUUCUAUUAUUAUAAGCAAUGAACUAUUCAAGUGACUUAAUUAUAUGUAAAGACUGUGUUCGUUGUUAGUUAUGCUUGCAAUAAGAAAAAACCAAUUUAGAUUAAUAAAUUAUUUAAUUAGUUUAAAAAUUAUAUGAUUUAAAAUGA